UCAUUUACCUCAAGUUCUCCUCUGCCUUUAUCUUCGCUUUACCUUUCUCUUUAUUCUUCUUUACAUGACCUACUCUGUAUUUUGCGCUCUCAACUUGCUCUGUAUUUUUACUUAACGAGAUAUGCGUAUAAAUCCCGCAGGGGUUUAUCGGGAAAAUACUUCUGCGAGUAUUGCGGAACACUCUUAACGGCCAUUUUCAAACACUAGUCUAAGCUUUCACCUCAAGUUUCCUGCUACAUUUCGUGAGUUUUUUAUUGCAAUUUUGUGGUUGCUUAAAUACGUUUUAACCAGAAAAUCUGCCGUAUUUUUCAUUGAAAGCCGUUUUGCUGCACUUUUGUUAAAAGUUUUGUUGAAAUUUCGGAUGCAUUCUCAUGGUUUGGUGCGUUUUGUUAGAAUAUUUGCUUACUGGCUUUAAACCUUCGUGAGAAUAUUUGCUUUCUGGCUUUGAAUUUUUACCUUUGAUUUACAUACUGCGCUUUUCGCGUUACAUUUGAGCUUCUCUGGUGUUAAUUUGUUAUAUCUUGGGCGUUUUCUGGGAUAUCUUUGUAUGCUUGUACGUUUCUUUGUGAUAGUAGUUGUGUAUCGCCUGUAAGUGUUUUUAUCUCCCUUAACAUUGCGCUUUUCUCGUGAAAACUUUUGUUGUUUUGGUUUUUCAUUAUUCCAAAUUGGUUUUACAUAGACGUUGGAAUAAGUUUGCUACUCAUUAAAGAUUAUAAAGUUUACGUGUAUUCUGGUGCUUCUUGGUUUUCGGACUCGAAAUUGUCAUUUUACUGCAGUUGUUUGCAAAAACGUGUCAAAUUUGACAGCAUUUUUCGCUUGAGGGUGCAUUUGUGUCAACAUUUCUUCAGCUUUUCAUAGAUUUCCGCAAUUUUGGGUCGAACGCUUGUACUAUGAUCGUGCCAUUCUUUUCCAUAUCCUCAUUUAUGUCAUGUUUUACUAUUAUCCUUGUUUAAUUCGGUGCGUUGUGGUACGAAAUGCGCCUUUCUGCAAUAUCGUCCUGUAUAUUUCAGAAAAUAGUUAAAACCUUUGUAAACUGUAGAAAUACCCCGAGUUAAAGCUGAUUUUAGGCCUCGAUUCUCCGGUUAACUCAAGCAAUGAAGACUUGAGCUUGUUUGAUCAAAGGCGGAAAAGGAAAAUUUGCAUAUUUGGUGGUGGUACUUGGGACUGGUGUAGAAUGGCAAUGAACCCUUCCAGGUUUAUAAAAUGUGUGACAGUGGGAGAUGGAGCUGUUGGGAAAACUUGCAUGCUUAUUUGCUACACCAGCAACAAGUUCCCUACUGACUAUAUACCAACAGUAUUUGAUAACUUCAGUGCAAAUGUAGUUAUUGAUGGAAACACUGUAAAUUUGGGUUUAUGGGACACGGCAGGUCAGGAAGACUACAACAGGCUGAGGCCGCUCAGUUAUAGAGGAGCAGAUGUGUUUGUCCUGGCAUUUUCUUUAGUAAGCAGGGCUAGCUAUGAAAAUGUUUCUAAAAAGUGGGUAACUGAGUUGCGGCAUUAUGCUCCUGGUGUGCCAGUUGUUUUGGUCGGAACAAAAUUAGAUCUCCGUGAGGAUAAACAUUACUUAUCUGACCAUCCUGGUUCAGUCCCUGUAACAACUGCAGAAGGAGAGGAGCUAAGGAAACAGAUUGGAGCUGCUUCAUAUAUAGAGUGCAGCUCAAAAACCCAGCAGAAUAUUAAAGCUGUCUUUGAUGCGGCAAUCAAGGUUGUAAUUCAACCACCAAAGCAGAAGGAAAAGAAAAAGAAAAAGUCCCGUGGAGGUUGUUCAAUUUUAAAUCUGAAAACUGGUAACCUUGUGAAAGAAGCUGCAAACACAUACUGUUGAUUGUUGCAUGGAGCUGGAUAUGAGAAGGAACAGCAGAGAGAAAAGAAUACCUAGGCAAAACUAGCGGAACAAAUAUGCUACCUACACCAGGAGGUUUUAAUGAAAGUUGCACAAAUUUCCAUACAUAUAAGGAGGAUCCUUUGUGGAAGGAAUAUUUUGUGCGUUGAGUAGACACCAGUUGUUCAGUGUGACACAGAUUUACUUUGCCUGUACAUUUUCAGUGUUUGAUCAAGUGCGCUAUGCUUGACACCGAUUGUUUAGAUAUUUUGAUACAUCUUGUGUGAGAUUUACUAAGGCGGAAAAGUGCUUCUCUAUCCAUUCCCUUUUCCGGAUGUUGGACUCUCAACUGCUGUGGGUGUUGAAUUGAAAUAUUUUAUUGGGCAGUUGUAUAAACGAGAUAUUUUUAACUGGUAAUGAUUUAUCCAUGGAUAAAUGCUACGCUAUAUGUUGAUGUUACUUACAUUAAAAACUUUGUAGAUUUGGUGAAAAAAUAUUUGCUUACACUGUGAUGGCUAAAAUUUUGUA